ACCAACAGCCUGUAACAGUUGUUUUAGUUGAAAUUACUUCAUGCGGGAAUAACGUUUACGGCAGAACACCGGGUAUUACGUCAUUACCGUAACUGGGGCCUAUUUUGGGUACGUCAAUUCUGUUCUUGAUUUUAAAAAAAUCUAUUCCUGAUAAACAAGCGAAAGAAAAAAAACGAAUUUUAACUGAACUGCGUUAAAAAAAAAAAAAAGAAGAAGAAGUGGGCGCAUUUUACAAGGGUUCCUCCUGCAUCACUAGACUAGUUUAAUAAAUGCUUGAAAGAACAGAAUGUAGCUGAAUGCUAACUGGUUUCAGCCGAGCUAACACGUACAGCGUUCAUUCGACGUGGUCGGCAGGCCCUGGAAAGAUAAUAGGUGUCGACUUUGAUGGCAUGUUUUUAUACAGAAUUAACCUGUAAGGAGAGUGAAGAAUGUUGGCCUACCUGAAACAUCGUGUACACAGUGCGAACUCCUCACCGACAAUGACGCCUCAGCGACCGGUACUCAUCCACAGGCAGCUGCAGCAUUCCCACGCUGCCUACAACCUACAAGUACUUUUGAAAGUUUUGCUACUGGAAGAUGCUCGGAACAAGCUGGAAAAAGAGCUACACAUCAUUACAAAUCAGGUACACUGAAGAAAGAAUGUCGCAACCCAAUGUAUAUGACGACAACAAAGUGGUCCUGAUGUCCUCUUUUUCAACAAGUGGCUUCAAUGAACUUACCAAGGCUUUAGAUGAGACACGUCAAUCAAUAGACAAAGUCUCAAUCCUGUUAAAGGGCUUAAAACAUGAUUCCAAAGUUUGUCUGCUACCUUUUCAGAAAAAUGUAGUAAAGACAAUCCAGUGCCAACCACCAGAUGCCAAAGGAGUCUUCUAUGCUGAUGCUCUUAGGUUUGGAUAUCAGCCGCACAACUCCAAUAAGAAUAACAUUGUCGAAACAGUCCAGAUGCUGAGAGCAAAAUAUACCUUUCAAUGGCUGACAGGAUUCCUCAAUGCCAAUCCCGUAGUGGUGCAAAUGGAUAAACUGGCUGCUCAAACCAGCACUGCUGGGUCUGUAAACUCCACAUUAAGUUCUAAUGCUGAAAAACAAAGAAUACAAAAAUGUUUCGAUGAUAAAUGCCAACCAGAGGCUGCGAUAGUUCCCUCUGCCAUCAUUAGGAGCCCUCAGGUCAACUCUGAGUCAACACCAAAGUUUAUGCGGGAACCUGGGGAUGUUGUGCUUGUACAACACGCAAAACAAAGUUCCGGCCGGCAGCCACACUUCCUCGGGCCUGAAGACCAAAUUAUGUGUGAACCAGAGGUGUCUGUGGACCAGAGCAAAUGUUCGGAGCACAGCAAAUGUUCGUCACAGCUUGCGCAGCCCUCUGUGGAAACUCAAGAUAAAUCUAUUAAUGAAACAACACAAGAGACGACUGAUUGCAAACUCCCAGAGACAGCUAGUAGACCAAACCAAGUACCUAUUUUCAAGAUCAAGCAGGGGGAUUCAGAUGGCACGCUAACAUUUGCUUGUGUAAUUGCAACAAAGGCUGAAUUGUGGGAUUUUGGAUUUGUUAAGACCGACGACAAUGCACGACAUACCCAGGCCCAUGGAAAAGCUGAGGAAUGCUUCUCUGACGUCAGAGAAUGCCGAAGUGAAAAGUCGGGAGAUGACAAUGCUUGCGUGGCUAAAACUGUAAUAAUGCCCUGCGAUAAUGUUGAAAAUGACAAAUACUCAGAUUCUCCAAAAAAGGCCCAAACUGUGUUGGCAAACAUUCCAGAGUUCCAAGUGCAAAGGUUUGAGGAACAUGAGGUUAUUGUGUCUCAUAUUGUGAGUCCAGGCAACUUCUAUAUCCAGCAUGCUGACUCCAUCUCGAAAUUGCAGGCAAUUGUUGCUGGCUGCGAACCCAGUAGUUCACGUGCUGAGCAGAUCUGCAUUCCUGUUAUCGGAGCCUGUGUAAUAGCCUGGUUCCCUAAGGAAGAACAAUGGUGCCGGGCUCAGGUGGCAAAGAUAUGUGGUAUAAGCAAAGCUGAAGCCACUGAGGAAGCCAGGGUUGACAAAUCCAUCAUGGUGGAGGUAAGGAGACUGGAUUACGGUGACAUCGCAUGUGUUACGCUUUUCAAUUUAAAGGAGCUGAGUCCAGAAAUGUGCAAUUUACCACUCCAGGCAUUGCAAGUCUCAAUGGCAAAUGUGUUUCCCAUAAACGGGACUGACUGGUCCGAGGAAGCAGUUGAUUGGUUUAAAGAGAUGGUGUAUAACCGGACGUUGUAUGCCCGAAUUUUCACGCAGGCACCCAACGUGUCAGUCGAGCUUUUCUUGGAAAGGGGGAAAUUGGGAGCUAUGAGGAGGGGACCGUCAUUGUCUUUGCGGCUAGCCCAAAACGGACACGCCAACCACAGCAAACUGAAGAACAUUGGUGCUAACUUACGAAAAAAAAAUAAUGUUCAACUGCAACUGAGAAAGCAGGAUUUAGAGUGGGAGAAGUACCUCAUCUCGUGCUACACUCAGCAGAUCAAUAAGCACACAGAAAAGACGGACCAUUCCAAUGUUUUUUAUUAGGUAGCAUAAAUCAUAAAAUAAGUGUUAAUAGUGCUUUACAUAAGAUUGUCCUUAAAUGUGUGUAACUUACUUCAGUGUGUGUAAUUCUGUUCUAUUGCCAGAAAUUAAAGUGCCUAAGACAGAAUUUA